GUGAGUCAUCUAACGACGUGACCUGCAGAAGACACUGAAGUUCACUUAGUCGCCAAAAUCAGUUCAGCAAAGUCCAGAGCGGUACACUCAUCGCUGCCGUGAGUCACUGCUAUAGGGACAGGACUAAACCUACGAGAGCACCGAGUUCACUAAAGAAAAAUUAGGUAUAAAGGAAUCGAUUUGCUUGGAAGCGCUUUUUGCCACUGAAGGCACUCUGAUCGUGUGGGAAUUCAUUAUCAGCCUUCUGAAAUCUCCUCCUCUUUCCCUGGACCAUGUAUCAGGAUUACACCGGGACAUACGACACAUCCUCCCGCGGCAGCAGCAGCUCACCGGCGCACCCGGACACCAGCCCCAUCCCCGCCUCCAGCUACCAGAAGUACAGAGUAGACAUGCCUGGCUCUAGCAGUGCCUUUAUUCCAACAAUUAAUGCCAUAACGACCAGUCAGGACCUGCAGUGGAUGGUUCAGCCCACAGUAAUCACAUCCAUGUCUAAUCCAUAUUCCCGGCCUCACCCGUACGGCCUGUCUGUGUCUAGUGGCCCGAGCCUCCUCGGCCACACAGCCCUCACACGGCCCGGGGUCAUCCGGUCUAUCGGCGACACACGUGGGCGACGCAAGCGAGACGAGCAGCUCGCCCCAGAGGAAGAAGAAAAACGGAGAGUUAGACGAGAAAGAAACAAACUAGCUGCAGCUAAAUGCCGGAACCGCAGAAGAGAACUGACCGACAUGCUGCAAGGGGAGACCGAGAAGUUAGAGGAGGAGAAGGCUGACCUGCAGAAAGAAAUCGAGAUCCUGCAGAAGGAAAAGGACAAGUUGGAAUUCAUGUUGGUGGCCCACAGCCCCAUGUGCAAACUGCCCCCUGAAGAUCGCCAUCAGAGCUCGCAUUCCCAGCAGUGUACGCCCCUUCCUCUGACCAUGCGCUCCAUCCUGGGUCCCCGGGGACCGAUGAGUACCCUCAACCCAGUGGUGGUUAAACAGGAGCCUUUGGAAGAACACGACGAUGAGGAAGAAGGAAAAAUCCAGCGUUCAGUCAUCAAGCCCAUCUGCCUAGGUGGCGGCAUGUAUUGUACUGAUGGAGACAGCCUCAACACACCCUUGGUGGCAGCUUCCACCCCGCUGUCCACCCCAAACAACCCAAGCCUCAUCUUCACCUACCCCAUCAUGCUUGAGCCCGAGAGUCCUUCGCCAUCAUCGGAGUCCUGCUCCAAAGCCCACCGCCGCAGCAGUAGCAGCGGCGACCAAUCCUCAGAUUCCCUAAAUUCUCCCACCCUGUUGGCACUUUGAAGGAAAAUCUGAUGCAUUCUCGUGGAUCUCCAGAGCACCCUCAGCUGGGAUUUGAGUGAGGACUUCACCUCAACAAAGCUGAGAACCCUCAAGGGCUAAUUUGCUCAUUUUAUUUAAACGUUUCAGAAGAGAGUUUUUGUUGUCUUGUUUAAACGUAUGUGCAAAUUCCAAUCGCUGUUUCAGCUACAAAUAGUGGUGAGUUUCUGGAAUGAAGAUGAAAAAAGCGGGAGUCAAGAUUUCAUCUUUAGCAAGACUCAGAGCAACUUGCAGUCGUCGGCUGCCUGUACAGAAGAGCACAAUAUUUCCUGCUGGCUGCCUGACUAAUAAGAGAUUGGAAUUGCUUGCAAAAUCGAAUUCUUGAUAGGUACAAAAUAAGACAUUGGACACUACGGUAGAUAGCUGCCCUCAAAACAUCUUUGUAUUUGUGACGUGUGAUAUGUGUCCCUUUGUAUUUUGUGUCCUGCUGUUUAUAAUAUUUCGGGUUCACUGGAUGAGCCUCACUGCUGAGUGUCGAAAGAACCGUCUUGUAUAAUAAAAUGCUGACCUUUGUUGAUAUUUUGUAUAUGCGGCACAAGCACUAAGAUCAUUUGCCAAAUUUACGUAGCUUUUGUUAUGUAAAGCAAACAAACAAACAAACAAACAAAAACACUUUCUAGCAUCAGCGAAUCUACUGUCAGGGAUUUUUGUCUGUGUCAGUGAGCCAUACAAGCAUUACUAGAAGCAUUUGCACAGAGAACACAAUAUAACGGUGUACACGAGGGAAACUCUAGCCAUAUUAGGCUCUGCCUCUAACCCUGACAUGGCAAUACCGCUUUUGUAUUGGCGCACACUGUGGUUUUCAAAUAAUAAUAAUUAAAAAAUGAUUACUUUUAUAAUAUGUACUUUUAUGUCUUGAUUGGCCCUUUUUUCCGGGUACAGUUUAAACGGAAUCAUAUAUCAGCCAUAGGAGCACUUCUCCCUGAAACACUGGUUGGCUUUUUUUGCCGCACUUGGGAACAGAUGCUCUUUGUCAGCAACCUUACAAUCAAAUAAAACGCCAUUCUUUACAGUGAUGGAUUAAAACAGGGAACGCAAAAUGAUUUUGAACGUCUGAUGCAAAAGGUGAGUGUGGUGUGACACUGACACUGACACUGAUCAGACACUGAAGAAAAGAUACACAUUGCAAUAUUUCUUGAAAAACAUUCCUGGGAAAAGAAGACUGAACUUCAGAGAGAUCUCAAGGUCACUGUUGCCACAGUCAGAUAAUAACUGAGGGUGAAUGUGAGUAUUUUGUUGUACAGGAUGCAGCAAACUGAAACAAAACGAAACAAAUGUGGCUUCUGUUUGAAGGACUUUGUUGCUUUAUUUAUGUCAGCAACUUUUAAGGAUCUAGGAGAUCAUUUCAGUGUUUAUUAAAUGGAGUAUGAGAGAUUCUAGUUGCGAAAACCAAUUUAAUACCAAAAAAAAA